GAGGGAAAUCCGCUGAGCUUAGAUUAAGGGAGUGAUCUGGGAACGAGGAAAAUAAAGUAUACCAUUUUGCUAAUCAAUUUAGGUACAAAUUUGUGAAUAUUUCCCUUCAAGAGAGCCGAUAUGAAUAUAAAAUUGCAUUUCUUCAACCAGAUUACUUUAAAUAUGUAUCUUUAUGAAUGAUAUGUCACGAGUAAUCUUUCAAUAUCUCCGAAGAGUGAAAAGUUACUGUACAAUGCGGGCUCGUUUACUUUCAUCAAUUACUAAUGCCAUACGCCUGGUAGAAAUCGUACCAAUAUGAAAAGAACCAUCGACACGAUGGUUGGUGGCUCUUAAAAAUGUUGGACCUUUGGCCGUUAUCCGUCUUUUACCGUGUAUAUUUUGGAACUAUGAAGUUCAAAGAGCGUUUUGCGUUUUGUAUUUGUAUUGUUCUUCUCGUUAUUCCGUUCAUUUGGUUACGAAUGCGCGCGGCGGACGAAAAGCAUCCAUUGUUGUUUUCUGUUAGUAGUCAGAAUUCACGAUUUCUUGCGGAUGAAACGGAUUAUAAUGGAAUUGAUCAUUCUCAUGUCGAUAUACAACAAUCAGAGGAAGGAACAAAUCAUCUCAAAACGAACCGAAAAGAUGUGGAUCGAUCGCUAGAAAAAAGAUCUGCACCUACGGUUACGAAUCAUGAGGACAAGGACGGUGAAAAGAAAGUAGAGAAAAAUAUUGGAAAAAAUAACGAUAUAGACUACGAAUUUGAUGAUCCCUGGUCUAUAUGGGAAAACAUGGUAAAGUCACGACAAAUAACGUCUCCAGACGAUGUAGAUGGAGUGAAUAUGAUACUAGAGGGCAUGAUGUAUAAACCGAUUGUGGCGGCCAACGUUGGCGUUAGAGGGACGCAGUUAAAAGCCACCUUAACUCUUGAGGGAAAACAGAGAGUAGUAUUUAAGCCAAUGCGGUACCCCAGAGAUUUUAUAGUAGAGGGAACUCCAUAUGCUGGUUUUGAUAGACACAAUGGAGAGAUUGCUGCAUUUCAUUUGGAUAGAAUUUUAGGUUUCUACCGGGCACCACCAGUUGUUGGAAGAAAAAUAAACUUAGAAGAUGAAAUAGAACCAAUUGGAGACAAGAGGCUUCUGGACACAUUCUUUAAGAAAGAUGGAAAUACUUGCUUCUAUGGCCAAUGCUACUAUUGUAACAAAAAGAAUGCUGCCUGUGCCAAUGGUACAAUCAUGGAAGGCUCAGUAACACUGUGGCUACCAAAAGGAUGGAAUCUUGGAAAGUGGGCACAUCCUUGGAUAAGAGCAUACAGUGGCGCCAGAAAGGCUCUAUGGGAGACUGACAAUAACUACUGUAAGAACAAGGUAUUGAACAAGCCUCCAUAUAAUUUUGGUCCUCGCUUGUUAGAUCUCUUGGACACAGCACUGUUUGACUUCCUAAUCGGCAAUGCAGACAGGCAUCACUACGAAACCUUUAAAGACGAGGGAGACACUGGAAUGCCACUGCAUCUGGAUAAUGCUAAGAGCUUCGGCGAUCCUUAUCGCGAUGAAAUGACUAUCUUGGCUCCUAUUUAUCAAUGUUGCAGACUUCGCCUUUCCACUUGGAACCGCUUUCAAUCUAUCGCCAGAGGGAAGAUGUCUCUAAGUGAACUUUUACGGAAAGCCACCGAGAAUGAUCCUGUGUCACCGGUACUUUCCGAUCCACACUUCAAAGCCAUCGACAGAAGAUUGAAAAUUAUUGUUAACACAGUAAAUAAGUGUCUUGAAGAUCAUGGAGAGGAAAGAGUUUUAAUUAUCGAAGAUAUGGUUUAAAAUUUAAUCUCAAAAGCAGUAUUUAUUUGGAAUAUGUCGACCUUAAUUAGAAAAUAUAUGUUAGUUCAGUCUAUAAAUGUACUUUCGUGGAUAUUUUUGGAAAGGGGGUUUUCACGUUCUACUCAAGAGUACACGAUAUGUUUUAUGUUAUACUGUAAGAAUGUUUCGAAGAAGUUCACGUUUCAUCUAUAAAUCCCAUGAUCCGAAUAGGAACUCUCCGCUCAGCUGCUUCAUAUUAUUUUAUGGACUAUACGCCCUUUUAGCUGAUUCGUUUUUCUAUUCUCAUUACCUGCGGGCUGGAUACGUACUAAAACUGUGAGGAGAAGUUAAGCUUUAAUUAGUUGCAGAAGAUGAAUGUUUGUUGCGCAGGUCCUCUUCGUAUGCCUGGGAACUAGGCUGGCUUUUAAUCGGCUAACAAGCCUGUUCCAGGCGUUCAGUUAGUAAAAUGGAGCGAAACAGUAUGCGGCGCGAUAAAAAAAGAAGCGAGGGAGGUCUGGGUCGCGUCGACCCAAGCCUCCCUCAUUUUUUCGCUCCUCCGCUCCUUUUCCCCACGCUAUUAAUAUCACGCUUCGUUUAACUACUAGAACGCUUGCAACAGGCUAUCGGCCAACCAGUCGCUCUAACGGAGGGCUAAGGCUCGAAACGUCAUCUCUGGAAUUUCUCUGCCGUAGCCAAUGUACAUUCACUCGAGUUGAUGAAGCGAAAUUGUCUCUACCUCUCAAAACUCUCUCUCUCUUAAAUGACCCAAAAGAAAUUUCUCCUCACAGUAUACAUGCGUUUAUGGCAGAAGGGUGAUGAAAAGAAAGAAAGACAUCAACUUAGAGAUAGUUUGAUUUGACAUUAAAUUUUAAGAACGAAAA